UUUGCCCUUUUAUACUAUAAUGUUAUGCUAUUUUUUAACUUGCAAUUAUCCCACCCAAGGCAUUUUUGCAGAGCUGUUUGAUUGCAAUAUCUAUGUCAUGGGUGCAGAUGCAAGGAAAAUUCUAAGCAACAUCCACAAGUUUCCUUUCGUCAUUAUGCCCAAUUGAUUUUCAAUUUCAAUUUUGACUCUAAAAGUAUAUUUUUGAUGGAAUAGAUUUAUCAAAGCCCUUAUUACAUUUAAAACGUAAAGAAAUGAUAACAUCGCUAUAAGGAUACCAACUUAGCAAGUUUUCAGCAAAAUUUGAGAGCACAAAGUUUCCAAAGUGGUUUUGUCGUUGAUCGCGUCUCGCAAAAUUCCAAUUGUGUCCCACUCCACCUCAUUGGUCCCACACGUAUCAUUGGCCACUCACGAUGAAAUCGGAAGAGAGACUUCGCGGGAUCCCCAAACCAAGAAGAGGCCAUCGGGACUAUCCCCUUGUGAUUUCAGCUACAUAUCUGCUCAAGAUGUCGAUGUUCCACUACGUUACUUACAAAUAUGUAGUCAUCAAAGACAAAAGACUUGGUUUUGCUUAUUAUGCUGUUGCAGCAUUAAUCCUGAUCUACACAUUCGUACAGAUCGUUUUGAAUAAAGCGUACUUACAGUUUGACCAUUCACCGUCAGGAAAUUUUCGUAUUAUCACUAAUUCUCCACCUUUACAUGGUCGUGAAGGUCAUUUAAAACUAGAGAAUGAGUACUGCUGCACCAACAACAAUAUAGCUGAAUCCAAAGACAACCGUUGCAAACCCUGCAGAACAUAUGAUGGUCUUGCUUUGAACUGGCCUGUUGAAUCAAAAGCAGUUACCAUUGCAACUUUUAUUAAGGAAAGAUGGGAAGAGACUGGGCACAAGCAAGAAGACAUGGAAGAUUAUAUUGUGCUCAGAGAAGACUCUUACUUUACCCGAAAUCCAGAACAUGUUUUAUUUAAAAUCGAGCACUCCAUUUCUGCACUUGAGUCAUCAGAAGACCCGCUAGCCCUUUCUCAUCGCAAAAUGAAUGGCUGGUUGAUGUCAGCAAGCGGUGAGGAAAGAAAGUUAAAUGGAGGUGAUGUACACAAAGCUGACAAGAUUCGACUUAUUGAAUUUCUUAGAGCAGCAGGCAUUCAGAGUUUAGACGAAAAAACUGAUGCACUAAAUUCUAGAAAAAGAUCCUUCAGAGAAAACGGAGUUGUCCUUCGUGUACUCAUUCAUUAUGCAAACUCGGCAAAUGUUCUUUUUGGAACAACAGUUCCUGAAUAUCGUUAUAUAGUGAGGAGAAUACCGUACUCGGACUACAAAGUCAAACAGGAGAUUCCGGUUAUCGAAGAAAACCGAUUCGAGUCUGUGCAUAAUAUGAGUAUGGUUCAAAGACGUGUCGUCAGAAAGAGAUUCUGUGUUCGUGUUGAGUUCAUACAAGCUGGAAAAAUAGGGCAGUUUUCGAUGCUCAACUUGGCAAUUCAUCUUGUUUCUGGUUUUGGUCUUUUGUCAGUCACUGGGUUAAUUAUAGAUACACUUGCGUUAUACGUGUUGACCUCCAGAGUAGUUUAUUCCAAGUAUAUUUACGAAUACUCUCCAGAUCUAGAUAAGAAUAUUAAACAAAACUAAAUUUAUUACAGAUGAUGAAAAUUGCGUUCAAUGCAAAGAAGAACCUGCUUUUUAGGAAUCAGCUCGAUCUUGUUAGGAAUCUUUUUAGGAUCUUGUUUGAUUCCUAUUUUAAAUGUUUGAUUCAUAUUUGGUCAUUUCAGGGUCAAAAGGUCUUAUGCAAAGAUAUUUCUUGCACUUGGGGGGGGGGGGCGGAGCAAACAGUCAAAAUAACGUAUAUUAAGAUUAUCCAUUUCGAUUUUUCUUCGAGGCACAAAUUAUUUAAAAGAUGGUAAUGAAGAGUUUUCGGGGUUUGUAUUCAAAGUUGCCAACUUGCAGAAAUUAAUUACAAAUUAUCUAUAUUUGUCUUGCAAAAUAUGAAAAAUAUCAAGGGAUCUCACAACUUUGUUCAAAAUCAACUUUUUCUUUUUCUAUUUUUGAGGUUCGUGUUAUAAAAAAUUGUUUAUAUAAAAAAGGGGGGAAUAGGAGAUUCCUCGAUGGGUUUGUUGAUGGUUUUCUACAUUUUUUGGGAUUAUUCAUAUUCUCACAAAUAAACUCAUUAUUAUAGUUUUCAAAUUUUUUUCUGCAAUUUUCAUUAUUUCGCAUGCUUGCGUUUCUUUGCUUUGGAAAAAGGCAUCCGGCAGGUUCCUGAAUUCUUAGUUUCCUCUUAGAGGGGAUUUACUGUAUUUCUCGUUCACAGCUACCGUGACGUGAGAACUCCUUUUGUAUCAACAAAAUACGAAUAACUAUAGCGUAAUAGGCAAGCGGCACUGAUUGGUCAACCUUUACAGUCAUGUGCUCGUGUUUCUGAUUGGCCUUUUUCGAUCCACAACUGGGUAUAUAUAUUUCUUAGCGUAGAGUUUUCGAUCUAUGUUCUGACGUUUUAAACUCUGAAGAGUGUCAGACGAAAAGCUUUAGUUUACUAAAUGUUUGCUUUUUUCAAAGCCAUUUAUAGCGUUAUUGUAGGAUUAGGUAUUUGGAAUUUUAAUGUUAGAAUUUGAAGGUUUUCACAAAUUUCGAAUUAGAAUUUCUUGCGUCUUCAAUCGCAGUUUAUGCAUGUUUAUUCAAGUAAAUACGAGAAUCUAAUUCCAUUCAGCGCAUAAAUUCAAUUUGAAACCUUACGUAUAGGCUAAUACUUAUGUAGAAUAAUUUGUAAAUUUAGAAAAUAAUAAAUCUAUUUAAUAACUUCGAAUUAUAUUAUUUGCAUUCUCUAGAUGAUGAAUUAUAAACAAAUAUAUUUUUACAAACAUUGAAUCUUUAUUAAUCAAACUUUGAUCAAAUUUUUUGCUAUCAUGAAGCAAAUUGUAACUGGUUUUGUGCCUUUCUGCUCGAACACUCUCCUUUAAGCAUCUAGAAGGUUUUAGCUCAUCAACAAAUAGGACAAUUUUUCCACAUGGAUGUUUGACUAUUAUACACAACUACAUGAUAACAACAUAUAAUGAUAUAAUUACUUUCUACCCACCAAAAUAAGUAAACAUCUACAUAUCAUCAAAAACAGCUACACUAAUCAAUUAUUAGAAAGAAGCGCUCAAUAAUUCACACCAAAAAGUUAGUUUGUGCUUUUAACAUACAAUAAAGUUAACUGAUUUUAAUUAACAAAGUUAAUUGUCGUCGUCGUUUUACAAAUCACCGUUAACCCCUAAAAAACUAGCACAAAUAAAUUCCCUCUUUGGGUACU